ACGUCUAUUUCCUGUCUCGAUGAAAAUAAGCCAAGGCCAUGGAACCGAUGAAACCCGAACCCACACAAAGAUCGUACUGACCUCACUAUCAGCCAUGGUGGCGGAGACCACCACCUUCCCCAUAGACCUAACAAAGACCAGGCUCCAACUCCACGGCGAGUCCCAUCUUCUCUCUUCCGCGUCCGAGCGCCCCACCAACGCGUUCAGAGUCGCCUCGGAAAUCAUUUCCCAGCAGGGGAUUCUGGGACUCUACAAGGGCCUCUCUCCUGCCAUUAUCAGGCACCUUUUCUACACUCCAAUUCGUAUCGUGGGUUAUGAGAAUCUAAGGAAUUUCGUCACUCCUGAUGGCUCUCUUUCUCUCUCUACUAAGGCUCUCGUUGGUGGAAUCUCUGGGGUUAUCGCUCAGUGCAGGUAGUGGCUAGCCCAGCUGAUCUUGCUAAGGUAAGGAUGCAAGCGGAUAGCUGCAUGGUAAGCAAAGGUCUGCAACCUAGAUACUCAGGGCCUUUUGAUGCUCUUAACAAGAUUGUUAGUGCAGAAGGUUUUAGAGGUCUUUGGAGAGGCGUUUUACCAAAUGUGCAGAGAGCAUUUCUUGUUAAUAUGGGAGAACUAGCCUGUUAUGAUCAUGCAAAACAUUUUGUUAUCCACAAUCAAAUAGCUGAUGAUAAUGUGUAUGCCCACACCUUGGCAUCUAUCAUGUCUGGUCUCUCUGCAACAGCCUUGAGUUGUCCUGCUGAUGUAGUGAAGACAAGAAUGAUGAAUCAAGCAUCAAGCAAAGAAGGUAAUGUUGUAUAUAAGAAUUCAUAUGACUGUAUGGUCAAGACAGUGAAAAUUGAAGGAUUAAGAGCAUUGUGGAAGGGUUUCUUUCCUACAUGGGCAAGGCUUGGUCCAUGGCAAUUCGUGUUCUGGGUCUCCUAUGAGAAAUUCCGACAAAUUGCUGGGCUCUCUUCUUUCUGAUGAAUGAUCUGGUGGAAAUUCAUCGUGCAAACUAGCGUGGUAAAUAAUUAACCACCAUUUAUGGUCCUAUACUGCAAAAUUUCAUAAUUCCAUUUUCUUCAUUGCAAGUAUAGCAGCAUUUGACGGCCUAAAGGAUUCAUAUGCCUCCUUUUUCUUGAAAUAAUUCGAUUGCCCCCUC